CCCUAUUGUGUUUGUAACGUUUUUGGCCGACGGUUGAAAAAAUCUGUAAAGCACAGUCACAACCCAGCAAGGUUAGAAGUCACUGCUUCUAAACAAGGCUAAACAUUCUUUCAUCCCAGUCCCAGCGUCCCUAUGCAUCAUUGACUCAUCUGAGGGAUUAAAGCAGCUGAGCUACUACCAUGUCGGGAGCAGAGGUUCUAGGCAUCAUUUCCGGCGUCAUCACUGUUGUCGAGGCCACGAUCACUCUGUACAAGACUGCUAAAGACUCCUCGGGUCUACCCCCAUCACUCCGAGAUGCAGCAUCUCGCCUCCCCCUCAUACAAGAGAGCCUCACGGUAGCCGCUCACGGCAUACAACGAGAUGCUCAAACACCACCAGAAUCAUACGCUGCCCUUGAAGCCGCUCUACAAGCAUGCAGCGACAAAGCAACACAGCUCCAUCAUAUUUUCGAGUCCAUGGUGCCCCGUAGUGGAGCGACAAGAACCCAUAGAUAUCUUAGAGCCGUGAAAUCCUUUCCCCAAAUUGAAAAAACCAAUGUGCUGGUUGAGGGGAUCCUUGGGGAUCUGCAGGUUCUUACGCUGAAUCAUGUUAUCAAAACUGCUACGAGGGAGCAGAUCAAGGAGUUGAUGGGUAGCAGAACAAGACAACUGAUGGGGAAAGAGUCGUCACGACGGGUUGUGUUGAAUAAUACUGGGAUUGGAAGGCAGUUUGUUCAUACAGGGCAGGGGGAUCAGAACAUUGCGAGUGAUACGGCCACACAAGUGAAUGGGAACUUUCAUGGUGGUACAUUCAACUUUACGCAAACAUAAUUGAGUUCGAGGUCUGGAACGAAAUUCAUCGGCUUGUGUUGAGCAUCAUCUAGUAUAUAUAAUCGUCGUCUAGAAAAUCGUUUUCAUAAGCA